AUGUUGAAUAUGCCGGAUACGCGGCCGGGGAAGUGGCGGCUGCCGCCGUCGCUGCUGCUGCUGCUGCUCGCAGCGGCUUUUGUCCUAGCCGAGGCCAAGUCGACGACGGUGCUAAAUAAUUCCACGCGCCACGACAGCGACAAUAACGAGGCGGCAGCGGUAACGACUACUCAUCGCGCAUCGACAAGUGUCGUCGCCGACACCGACAUCGACGAGGAGGAGGAGGAUGACAAGCAGCUACUACCGAAAUCAUCGACAUCGCAUCCGCCGCCGCCGCCGCCGAUCGUUGCCAGCUGGGAGUGCCCGGAAAUAACUGGACAGGGCAUCGAGUGCUCCUGCGAUUUUCCGCACACGUUGAGGUGCAUCGGCGACAGGACGUCUCUCAAGAGCAUCGGCGCGCAUCUGCGCGGCCUCCGCCCGGGCCGGAUCUCGCUGCUCGACGCCACGCUCCAGGGCAUCGCCAGUCUGCCGGCGGACUUCCUCGAGGGCGUCGCGCUCCACGGCCUCGUCGUGUCCAGCGGCGAGCUGCGACGCCUCAACGAGAACGCCUUCUCGGCCCUGGCCCAGCCGCUCCAAGCCCUCGGCCUGCCCAACAAUCAGCUCGACCAGGUGCCCAUUCACGCGCUGGGCAAGAUCGCCCUGGGCCUGGAGAGGCUCGAUCUGUCGCACAACAAGUUCAAGAUACUCGAGGCUGGCUCGUUCAAGAACCUGAACAACGUCACCUAUCUGGACCUAUCGGGCAAUCUGCUGACUCAAUUAUCGCCGGAAGUGUUCGCCUCCCUGCCGCAGCUGCGCAUGCUCAAAAUGCGCGGCAAUCGUCUGUCGGUCUCGGCGCUCAAAGCCUUUCGCGGCUUGAGGAGCCUCGAGGAGCUCGAUCUCUCGGCCAACAUGCUGUUGGGUCCGCUGGGUCCGGGCCUCAUACCCUCGGCCAUGCCGAGACUGCGCAGUUUAAGUUUGGCCGAGAAUCAAUUGAAGAGCGUGGGCAACGACACGCUAAUGGGACUGAAGAAUUUGUCCUCGCUCGUCUUGAGCCACAAUCAGAUCGACGUACUGGAGGAUCACGCGUUCCGCCAGCUGACGAAUCUGCGCCACCUGGACCUGUCCUACAACGACAUCGUGGCCGUAUCCUCGCUCUCGCUGGCCCAUCUCGAUCGUCUGCGCAGCCUCGAUCUCACUCACAACUUUUUGCGCUCGCUCAACGGCGACCUCCUCGCCCCCCGCAAUCUCGAGCGUCUCCGUCUCGACGACAACGACAUCACCAUGGUGACGCCCGACGUCUCCGCCAAGACCUCCAAGCUGCUCAUGCUCAAGUCCCUGUCGCUGGCCGACAAUCCGCUCAACUGCGACUGCAAUCUGGCCGAGUUCGCGCGCUGGUUCGCCGCCGCGGGCCUCGAGCCCGAGGACAAGCGCUCGGCCGUCUGCGCCACGCCGCCGGCCCUCGAGAACGGCCCGCUGACCCAGGUGGCGCCUGACAAUCUGCUCUGCGGCGAGGAUCCGUCCUCCGCCUCGUCUUCCUCCUCUUCUUCGUCGGCGUCGGUCGCCGGCAUGACCAGGCUGCCUCUGGCCGCGGCUCAGCUCACCCUCAAGGAGUUCCACUACGACGAGGCGACGGCGGGCGGCGACAUGCUGUGGCGCGUCGAGCCCUGCACCGAGCGCUACACCUGCGACACCCUCAUCGUGUACGAGGCCCAGCAGGACGGACGCGAGGUGCAGCUGGCCUCGUCGCCCAUCGAGUGCGACUCGCGACACAUGCCCCAGCCCUGCGCCCUCAGUCUCGGCGUGCCGGCGAGCAUCAGACUGCAGCCGGGCCAUCGUUAUCGCUACUGCGUGGUGCUCAUGGUGCCGCCUCCACCCGUGGCGCACCAGGGAAAAGACGAUCGUCAUCGGCGUAGGGACGGCGACGACGACGACGUGUCGCUGGGGCUGGGCUGCAGCGACAUAAUCGAGCUCGAGGACACGCUGGAUCUGCUGGACAUGGAGAGGAAGAAGGUGCCGGCGAUGACGCCGCCGCCACCGCUGCUGCAGCCCGACAUCAAGGAUCUGCGAGUGAACGUGUCCGACGAGGGAUACCUCAAGGUCGCCGUCGCUCUGCUCGAAACGCCGCGCGUCGGCUGCGAGAUCGACCUGGACAUCCUGGCUAUAGAGACGGGCCAGGUGCACCGCCAGCGCCUCAACUGCAGCGCCCAGGCCAACGAGCUCGCGGGCCUCGUGCCGGGCCGCUACAAGAUCUGCGCCUCCGUGGAGACCGAGUCGGCGAGUCGCAGGCCGCGCGAGGGUCACGCGCGCUGCGUCGAGGUCCAGACGCUGCGCCAGCAGUACCCGUCCCAGGGCGCCGUGGCCCUGGUGCUGUGCGGCCUGCUCGGCCUGGCCCUCGCUACGGCCUACUGCAUCGGUCGCAGCCUCGCCCGUACCCGCAAAAAGGCGGCGCAAAUAGGGGGCGGCGGCGGCGGCGCACCCGCGGCUGGACAGCAGCUCGAGAUCACCCACAAGGCGCACUACAUCAAGCUGCAAGCAACUACCAAAGUCUGA